CUCCUUCCGAACAUUCACUGAGGAGCUACGACUGUAUAUUACGCAUUUUGACACUCCAAAGCGAAUGCCGAAGCCUGUCACGUCUGUACUAUAUCCUUGCAUAAUAUUUCUUGACUUCCGUAUGUUCGUAUUGUCAAGUCCAUAGGUUCACGUUCAAGUUUCAAGAUUGGCCACCCUUCACUGGGCUUUCUGCGUUGUCGAGUCGUUUUGCAGAAGACUGCCACCAUCAACUUUGAUAUAUGCAACGACCACAAACUUUCCUUUCUAACUUCCUAAUAUCCACGAUGAUCCAGACCUCAAGAGGUUCUUCGGGUGAUCCACAUCCCUAACACCGCGCUAAAUAGAAAGCUAGAUCCCUGAACGACGUCACCACACCGAAGUAGCUCUGACCAAAACAUCUGAACUCCUCACUUCGAAAAGCUUCCAGCCAUCCGAACAGCUUCAUCGCCAGUCCUGCACUCCCCCAAUCUACUCGACGAACCUCUCAUCAUUCACAAUGGCGACCAAAAUCGGCCUUGGCGUCCCAAUGCCACUCCUUGCCCCCGCGACCGCAACCUGGGCCGCGCCCUUCGCUGCAUACUACGUAUUCCUGCAGAAUCGUAUUGUGUACCACCGCCUGAGCUCGAAGACAUACAUGGGCGACUCCACCGACAGCACGCAAGGCACCAACGACCCGCUCUACGUCGCGACACGCGCGCAGCUCAACUUCGCUGAGAACGUGCCUCUCGCUCUCGCUAUCGCUCUGCUUGCCGAGCUCAACGGCGCGAACAGGACCUAUCUCAACUGGGCACUUGGGGCGCUCUUUGCGUUCAGGGUUAGCCAUGUCGAAGCCGGCCUAAUGAUUAAGGACUCAACGGGCCCAGGAAGGAUUGUAGGAUACUAUGGGACACAGACGGUGCUUGUUGCGUUAGCUGGGUACUCUGCAUAUUUGGUUAAGGAUUUCUUGCAGAUCGCAGCAUAAGCACUCAAUAUGAGCGGUCUGGUAGAGAAGAUCGGGUGGGGCGAUGAGUUGAGAAGAUGUUGGACCAAACAUAAAGCGCC